AUGGCCGGGCGGGAGGCGCUCCCCGCCGGGCGGGCGCGGCGGGCUGCGGGGAGCGCGGCUCCGGUGGCGGAGGCGGCUGCGGGAGCCGAGGGGCACCCCGCCCCCGUCCCGGAGCGCUCCGACCCCCGCUGCCUCCCCGCUGCCGGGGCGGGGGUGUCCGAGCCCCCCGAGAGCCGCCGCGCCCGGCCGGGGCAGGAGAGCCGGCAGCGGGGCGGGGGAGCCGCGGCUCUCGGGACCCCCGACGGCCGGGCCGAGGGAGCGGAGCGCUCCGGGACGGGAGGGCAGCGUGCGGCGCUCGGGGCCGCACUCGGAGCCGGGGACGGGGAGAAAAGGGGGGCGAAGUGGCUCCAGAGGGGACGGCUGGGCACGGCAGCGCUGAUCCCAGCACGGCGGGGCAGGAAGGGGCUUCGGGCCCGAGCCCUGCAUUGCACAGGCCACUUACAGCCACAUCCAGCUGGGAGCUGUCACCUGGAGCUGUGCGCCAGAGUCACCUCCAGCCUCCAGCUGCCAAGCCAGUUCUGCUCUCAGAGGCCUCGGGGGACGGUGGCAAAAACCCUUGGGAAACUGAGGCGUGAGCAGAGUCUGCUUCAAGGAGAGCUGCAGAGAGCUUCUCUGGGGGAUUAUUUUCCUCCUGGCAAUGCGAGGAGCGAGAGAACCUGCAGCAGUGAACGGAAUCAAGUCAGUUUGAUCAGCAAUGAACUGAGGUCUGGGGUCACAGCCAAGGCCGGGCUGCAAAAGCCCACUCAGGGCAUCUCUCCUCCCCAGCAAGGUUUGCCACACGUGUCCUGCUGUGCCAGGAUGGGUUUCAUAGGGGUGAGGGGUGCUGGGGUGUAGCAGAACUCACGCUUGCUGGUGCCCUUGCUCUCCUGUGCCCACACACUGCCUGAGUCCCCCAGACUGCAUCACUGGGCUGCUUGAUCCUGCACCAGCACCACAGGAGCAACCCCCAGUGAGGUACGGGCUGCCAGAGCCCCACAGAAGGAGCAGGAGGAACUGGGGGUGAGCACAGGGCUGUGCCUGGAUGUUCCUGUUCCCAGCAGCAACCCACAGCAUCUUCUCUGUCCUCACCCCUCCUGUGCCGCCCCUAUGGCGACACACAGGAUGACUGCAACCACUGCACCUCAAGAAAUACCAUCUAUUUAUGGCCAAACAGCCACUGUCUUGCUGUGGAUAAAUCAAAAGGAAAACAAAGCUUUACGGAAAAAAGUAUUAAAUUUUCCAUGUGCUCCUGAAGGGAUGGGCCAGGCACUCGCUGUUUAUUUUUUGGGCUCUCUCUUUGCUAGUACUGUAAGUGACAUUGUGUUUACAAAAGUUUUUAUGUCAUCAGAGCAAAGUCACAGCUCAGCUUCCUCUCCUGUGUAUUUUAUGUAGAUGGAUGUGUCUGUGAGGAACAUUCAAGCUAAACAGAGAGCUGGUUUAUAGGAAAAUGUAUUUAUUUGAAAAAUCGUAACUCACAAUUUCGGCAAAACCGGGCUCCACAUUUAUUGCUGUUAAUGGGGUGUGGCGGCCAUAAAUUAACCUGGAAAAUUGCUGCGGCCAUUUCAACAAUGGCUCAUUGUGCUGAUGGAGCAGCCGCUCCUCAAAGACGGCUCAUGUCAACUGGCAAUUAGGUUUGGAUGCAAACAACAGGUAAAGGGAAGGUAACAGCAGCCUCGCUGCUGGAACCAGCCCCAAAAUCAUCGCCCUAGGCUGGCAUGGGUGCCCUGAGUCUCACUUAAAACAGAGCUGUUCCCUCUUCGGAUUGCGAUGGAAAUCAGUGGAAGGAAGCUCCACCUGCCAUAUGGGGAAUUUCUAUUUCUGUUAAAUUACCUGUCAUAGACACAUAAUCAGAGAUGACAGAAAAACCCAGUCCAUGAGCUCUGUCUGGCAGCCCAGGUGAGCCACGUGCAUGGAGAGCGGGUCCAGUUGCUCCCUGGCUGACCUCUCUUCUUGAAAGAAGUUUUGCAUGGAGUCAGGAGUGAUGCUCCUACCCUAAAACCUCUUCUUUCCCACUCAGAUUCCUUGCUGAGACAAGCACUGAUCCCCAAAACCUUGAGGCUGGCUGCUGACCCUGGGGUACAAGCUGCCCCUGUCAUUGUCCCAUCCUUGAUCACCUGGCUCAGGGCAGGGUUUGGCUGCUGGCUCGCGGUGGCAACUCUCCACUCGUGGGGAGUAGUGGAGAAGAGCUCCCAGAUGAUUCAGGUCCCUGACAAAAACCAGUGCCUUUCCCUCUCGAACCACUUUCCACUCCUGAAGCAAAUUUACAAGGGCUCUAAAAUGUCCUGCUCCAGGGCAUCAGCCAACUGCUAAUGGCUGGGGAUUGGGAAAGACAUUUCCUCUGCUGAGAAGGAUUGCAUAAGCGCUUAUUAAGGCAGCUCCUGGCGUCUUGGACAAAAGCAUCUGGUUUGGGGCACAGCUGGAGACAAACUGCUGGGUGUGCAUGGGCAGAGCUGGACUUGCUGCUUCCAGCCUUUCCCUUAGUGCAGGUUUGGAUCCCCUCCUUUGUGCUGGUGGGGAAAGGGAGGUGGGUCAUGACAUGAGAUGUGUCCUUCUCCCUCUCCCCCUGCUCUCCAUUAAUCCUGGUGGUGCCACUGUGGGGACUUCUCUUCCCACUCCUUCCAACUCCAGGAGCUCAGGGACCUUCCCACCCCGGGUACCAUGACACCACAUGUGCAGGAGGGAUUUCCCUGCUCCCUGUUACACCCCAUCCCACAUUCCUUGAAAGAGGGGCUUCCCUCCUGUCCCAUUGCUGCUGUGCCUGGCACAUGGGCUGGCCUGGCUCGGUGGGUGAGCUCCUCUUCUGCACCAUGUCUGUGUGACAUUGCAGGUAAAUGGCUUUGUGGUGAGAAAAGGCUGCUGACAGUGGUCCUGAUCCCCAAAAAAGGUUGGGAUGCUUUUAACAGGGCUCUGCUGUGUCCCAGGCUCAGUGUGCUGUGCAGCCAGGGCCAGGGAACAGCAUCCUGUCCAUGUUUCCCAGGGGUGGGACCAUGUCCUGGUAUCCCUACUUCCCUCCUUCUUCUUUGUGUGGCUCCACAUGGGGUUUUCAAUUCAUUUUGUCUCUAAGAUUGUCAGGGCAAUUCCAGUCCUCAUCGCACAGUGUCUCACGCCAGGUCUGGCUAUGCCUUCCCAACUGUGCCAGGGCAGGAAGAUGAGGACUAUUAGUCGUGCCUUAUUAUCCUGGUUAUACUCAGCUCUCUCAGAAUUCCAGGUUUUCUCUCUGCUCAGGUGCAGGAGUUACUGCUCACUUCCAUGGGAGCAGAGGGACUGAUUUUCCCCUGGUUCCCCCCACUGCAUCCUGAGAUGUCUGAGCAGCUGCUGGGCCAGCCAUUACAGCAAGACUCUCAAGAUGGGUUUUCCAAGGUUGGAUUGAGAUGGUUUUAAGAACUAACAAGCAUCUGUUAAUACUUUUUUUUUGCAACAGAAAAUUAUUUGGGAGUUGAGGGUCUUAAAUAAUUUUAGUGCUUUUUCCCACCCUCUUUUCCCCUGUUUUAUAAAUGGGAGGUAGUAGAAGCCUCCCCAGAGCUCAUUAUUCCCCUUCCCAAACUGGGAUCCAGCACCCAGCAUGGCUAUGCUGUUGCCUUCAUAGGCAUGGGGGGAAGUGGGGGGAUUUGGGGGCAAAAAGGCACAGAGACACUGAGUGUGCUUUUGUCAGUAUGGCCCAUGGUGUCACCAAGGAUACUGUACCUCCUUGCAUUCAGGCAGUCACAGGAUAGGGACAUGCUGUACAAAGUGAAUCCAGACCUCCAAAGAAUAACUCUUUUAUUGUAUAUCAAUAUACACAGUAAAUAUGUGACUCCUCCUAACACGCUCUGGAGAAAAAAAACACCAAAAAACUGUCUGAAAUGGAGCUUAUUGGAAGGAAAUAAAUUGCUUCAUAAAAGUGCUGAUCCCUCCCUACUUCUCAAAACUGAAACAAAAUAGUUUGCUGUGAGCUGAAGACCUUUCUUCCCUUGGCUCCUGGUUUUCCAAGAAGAGCUGGGAACAUGAAGGAAAAACAAGCCUUCCCCAUUAAAACCCGCUUAAGUGAAACUCCAGUUUUCUCUUAAACUUUGCUUGGAAACAUUUGGAGCAGCUUCAUGCAAACCAGUUCUGCUCUUUGAAAGGCCAUUAAAAUAAAAAACACCCAACCCAAAAUAGCCAUCUCUGCAAGA